AUGGCGUAUAAAUUUGGAUUAGGUUCUUUACCUUUAGAUACUAAAAAACUUAACACAACAGCGUGGAUAAAUAAAGCGAAACCUUACUUUGUGGAACAAAUUGGAGACACCCUUCAAGGUGCGUUAGAUAUGAAUAAUUUUACCAUAACUAAUUUAAAGUUACCAGAAAAUGAUUAUGAUGCUGUUCACAAGAAAUAUUUAAUGGAUCAAUUAAAUUUAAUUGAAGUGAAUAAAGAACAUUUAAAAGAAAGAAUAGGCGAUGUGAAAAGAUACUUCAAACGACAAAUAAAUAAUAAAGAUUUUAUUGAUGAUACUAAAUUACAACAAGAAGUAACAAGUUUUAAAAGUUUUAUUGAAGAACAAUUACUUAAUGUAGUAGAUAAAACUCAAUUACAACCUUUAAGUUCAUUAAUAUCUAAUUUAGAUGAUAAGAUUACAAAACAAAACGUAGAUCUCAAACAACUAAUAGCCAAUAUUAAUCCAGGUAGAAGUGAAGAUAAAUUAACAUCAUUAGAAACUAAACUUAAUGAUAAUAGUGUAAUACAAAAACAAAUAGUUGGUAUUAAAAAACAAUUACUUAAUGUAGUAGAUAAAACUCAAUUAGAAAAUUUAAAAUCAUUAAUAUCUAAAUUAGAUGAUUAG